GUGAGUUGUGCAGCCAUAUUUCGAUUGUGACGCCGGCGGCAGCGGAGUUUUUUGGCGCGCUGCGCGCACGAGGCGGUUGUUGUCAUCGUGGCCUGGGAUUGCGAACAUGAAUAAAAAUCCCAGAUUCCCUUACAAUACUCGAAAGGGAGAGCACCAUUCGGGAAAGGCUGGAGCAGCUGAAGGAGAUCAAGAACUAUCGCAGGCGUGAGCGGAAGAAGCUGCGAGCCAAGGAAAACGAGCUGUGUGCCAAGCUGGGCAUGCCAGCCUCGAACCUCUGCAGCGCCUCCAUUCCAUCGGAGAAGGACCUUCAGGAGCUUGAGAAGCAUGUUGAAGUGCUUGAGCAGGAAAAGGCUGUUCGUUCCUGCACAGUCAUUCUUCUGAGGAAAGACAUCACUGCCAAGCUGCACCUGCUCGACGCUCAGCCCCAAGCCCAGCUGGAGAUCCAGGUCAUUGACGACGAAGACGGCUUCAUUUUGUCAAAGGACAACAUCGACGAACUGAAAGCUUACCUUGAUCGACUCAAGCAGCUCGAGGAGGCUCGCCGUCGGGAACUCGCUGGCCUGCUGGACCAACUGGCAUUGUUCUUCGACAGACUUGACAUCCCACCAGAGGAGCAAGACCGCAUCCGCAGCUCCAGCAACGGCCUCACACCGUCAACUCUGGCUGCACUGCGGGCCACACUUGCCGAGUACGAGCGACAGAAGAAAGAGCGCUUGCGGGAGUUUGUCACUCGCGCGAAGAACGAUUUGCUCACCUGGUACAAGAAGUGCUGCGUCCCACAGAGUCGUGUGUACCUGGACGAUGACGACUCUGAAGACAUUUCCGAGGAACGACUGGCGCUGCUGGAGGAGCAGCUGAAGGCCCUGAAGGAGUUCUACUCCGAGAACAAGGUGAUCAUAGCCAAAGCGGAGCGGCACGACGCCCUGUGGUCCAGGUUGCUUGAGCUGGAAAAGCUCGCCACGGAUCCAUCACGCCUGACGAACCGAGGAGGGCGCCUCCUGCGCGAGGCCAAGGAGAGGCAGCGGCUGCAGGUCGAGAUCCCGAGGCUGCGAAAAGAAAUAGAAAAGGUCAUCCCAACAUACAGCGGGUCCAACAAGAUAUUCGCUGUGUUGGGAAAGGACUUCCUCGAGCACCUGGACGCUCAACAGCAAGCUCACGCACAAGAAAAGGAACGUGAGCGCCUUGAAAGGGAGAGCCGUCGCAAGGGCACACCCUCGGCAUUGGGCAGCAGCAAAACAGCGUACUGUGGCACACCCUCCAGCAGUGCCUCCAGGAUGUCCCAGCUUGGGACCAGCAGUGGCACUCUCGCGUCCAGCAGGCGCACGGGCACGCCAGUCAGGAAGGCCACCCUGGCUGUGCGUGGUGGCACAUCGGUCGGUGCAGCUGUGAGGGGCAUCCGGCGGCGCUCGUUUAAAGCACAGCUGCGAAAAGAAAUAGAAAAGUUCAUCGCAACAUACAGCGGGUCCAACGAGAUAUUCGCUGUGUUGGGAAAGGACUUCCUCGAGCACCUGGACGCUCAAGAGCAAGCUCAUGCACAAGAAAAGGAACGUGAGCGCCUUGCAAGGGAGAGCCGUCGCAAGGCUACACCCUCGGCAUUGGGCAGCAGCAAAAGAGCGUACUGUGGCACACCCUCCAGCAGUGCCUCCAGGAUGUCCCAGCUUGGGACCAGCAGUGGCGCUCUCGCGUCCAGCAGGCGCACGGGCACGCCAGUCAGGAAGGCCACCCUGGCCGUGCGUGGUGGCACAUCGGUCGGUGCAGCUGUGAGGGGCAUCCGGCGGCGCUCGUUUAAAGCACAGCUGCGAAAAGAAAUAGAAAAGUUCAUCGCAACAUACAGCGGGUCCAACGAGAUAUUCGCUGUGUUGGGAAAGGACUUCCUCGAGCACCUGGACGCUCAAGAACAAGCUCACGCACAAGAAAAGGAACGUGAGCGCCUUGCAAGGCGGCGCUCCGGUAGUAGCGUGGCCUCGUCGAACCGCGACAUCCUCGUUGAUGGUGUCCAGUAG